AUGGUACAACAAGAAAAAGAAGCUGCAAAAAUAGCAGCACUAAAAAAAGCGACCUAUGAAAAAAGUAAAACGUGGGACACUAAAAUAGAAAAUAUUAAGGCAAAACAAAGAGAAGAGUUAUUGUUAAAAAGACAAAAGGCUGAGGAAGAAAGGAAGAUGUUCGUAAAGGAAAUGGCGGAAAAAAAAGCGACAGAGCGUGCAGAAGUGGUAAAGCAAGCAAGAAAAUUGCUUCAGCAAAAAAAGCCUUUGUGCCGGCGGAUUAAUCGCGCUCUCUUCGCCUCCGAGUGUCUCAGAGAACUGGAGGCCCAAGUAGCGUUGCAGAAAACUAUUAGGACGAUGGAUAAAGAACAAGAUAUAGAAUAUACUAAUUCGAUUAAGACGAACGUCGCGAAAUAUGAGGAGCAAAAGAGGCAGGAAGAAAAGGAGCGAACGAGAAAAACAGAGAAUUACAAUAUGGAAUUGAAAAAACAGAUUGAAGAAAACGAACGAGGCAAUAAAUUAAAAGCAAUGGAAGAACUGGAAGCUGAAAAACAGACUCAAAGAGAUAUAAUCCAAAAUAUGCAACUCAUACAAGAGAAAGAAAUGCAAGACAUAUUAAACAAAAAGAAAAGACUCCAGCAAUUUUUCAAGGAAGCGAUAGAGGAAAAGAAACGAUUUGAAUUAGAAUUGAAGCGCAACGAAGAAUUUGAGGAUCGAGCGUUGGAGGUCUACCAAAAAGCUAAAGAUCAAAUACAGAAAAUCCAUAAAUCAGUAAUGCUGACAGAAAGAAAAGAGAAAACGCGUAAAGCACAAAUUAUAGCGGAAAAACAUGAGCCAAUCGAAAAAAUUCGCGAGAUUAAAGAACAAGAAAUCUUGAAAAAAGCUAUAGAAGAGAAAGACACGGCCGAAGCAGAAAAGCAGAAAGCGCACAAAGAACGAGAAGAAACAAUGCGUGCUCUUAUGGAAGAAUAUAAGCUUCGUGAUGCGGCUGUAAGAACAAAGCAAAAACAAGAGGAGAAAGAUCUAAAAAUUUGGGAGAUGAUGCAAAGGUUUAAGAAAAACGAAUAUGAUGAGCAAAUGAAUUUGGAAGAACGAAAGCGACAAUGGCAACAAAAAUUAGACUAUGGAAUUGAGUUGCAGAAAAUUGUUGAGGAAAAACAAAUCGAGAAAAAGCGCGAAGAAGUUCUUGAAGUCGCAGCAACGAACAUGAAACCUGUAAUUGAGAAGGCUAAUCAAAAAAUUUUAGCUUAUGGAAAUAAAGUUUUAAAAGAAUCGAAGGGUGUGAGACCACUUUAUCCAAUCAUUAAAGCUAUUGAAGAAUGUAAGAAGGAAAUGGGAUUAAAUCACCAAAAAAUCGGAGAAACUGUCAAAGCGGAUCGGCCGAAAAGAAAACAUGGAAUCCGUCACUGUACUUGCAUGAAAUCUAUACUAGUCAAUCAAAUAUAUUGUUUGCAAUAAUCACUGUUCAUAAUAAACAGCGAUAAUUUGUAUUUUAUGUUUCGGCAGUUAUCACAUGAUUCAUAUGCAUCAUCUGAUCAUUGUCAUUUAUUUAGAAUAAAUAUUUCCGCGUUGCACCAUUAAGCCUCCGUAUUUUUCAAUUGCAGAGGGACUUACAUAAAAAUUGAUACAAACACAAAGUUUUUAGAUAUAUCGCGAAUAAUUUAUCAAUUCGUGAUAGUAUUUUAUUAUAAAGAAGUUGUCUAGAACAGAUUUUUUGAAAAUAUGUUUUGUAUCACGUGUAAGUUUAAUUAAUAAAAUAUCUAAAUUAAUAUGAAGUAUAAUUAAAGUUAUAAUAUGUAAUAAGGUGUACAGAGUGUCUCAUAUAGGUAGAAUACAGACCGGUACUACCGUAUUUCUUGUCAAAAAAUAAGUAUUUUUUUUGUCUUUUGGUAAAAUUUUCGAAAAUUGUUUUUGGGACGUCUCAUUUUUUAAUAUGUCAGUGCAUUUACUAUUUCUUGAUUCUUCGUGUAAAUGAUAUUCUAUCGGUUUAUACACUAACUAUGGAAUACCCUGCUGACUCCUUAAAAUAAUUGAUGUAUCUUUAGACUAAUUAAUAAGAAAUUAAUUUGUUAGUAAAAUAAACAUUUACACGUUUUGUUUGUUAUAUAGUUUUAUUAUAAUUAAUUUUUC